AUGACGGUCACGGAGAGCAUAAAAGAUACGGCCGAGUCCGUCAAGGAGGCAGUUGGUCUCGGAGGCCAUGGCACACAAGCAACCAGAAAAGAAAUGUCCGACGCGAAGCUCCCACUCGCAUACAGAGAUUCUUGCGCGCAUCUUUUGAUCCCAUUGAAUAAGUGCCGGUUUGAUAACUACUACUUACCGUGGAGGUGUAUGGACGAGCGACACGGUUACGAAAAGUGCCAGUACGAGGAGUUCAAGCUGAGAGUAAAGAAGAUGGAGAAGUUGAGAGCCGAGAAGGGAGGAGCGAGGAGCAAUUAG